UGUUUCACUUUCAGUUCCAUUAUGAAGUGUGAUGUGGACCUCCAAAAGGACCUCUAUGCUAACACAGUGCUUUUGGGAGGCACCACCAUGUACCCUGGCAUCGCUGACAGGAUGCAGAAGGAAAUCUCUGCCAUGGUGCCCACCACCAUGAAAUUCAAGAUCAUUGCUCCACCGGAGCAUCAAUGCUCCAUCUGGACUGGAGGAUCCAUCCUGGCUUCCCUGGCCACCUUCCAGCAGAUAUGGAUCAACAAGCUGGAAUAUGACGAGUCUGGCCCAGCCAUCGUCCACCGUAAAUGCUUUUAA